AUCAGAACAGCCUCCCAGUCCCCAGUCCCGAUACUGGCAGUGGAUCGCGCGUGACCGAACUUCCACGCGCGAUGCGCCAGAGCCAUCUCUCCACAACCUUCUAAAUCACCAUCCACCACCAUAGUCAAUCAGGUCCAAAAUGUCUCUCUCCAAAAACAUCAUCCGGCCAUGUCGCACAAACCAGCAAAUCUGCCGAUACGCCCUAUCCCACCGACGACUGCAACGACCCCAAGAACGCCACUUCAGCCGAUCCAGCCCCGUCGCCGCCAGCUCCGUGACAGGCGCAGCAGAAGCCGAAGUACAAGCAGCCCAGAAAUACUGCUCAGAUCUCCUCCUAAAAUAUGACCGUCCCUCAUACACACUCAGCACCUUCAUCCCCCGCAACGCACACACCUUCUACAUCGCCCUCCGCGCCCUCAACGUCUCCCUCUCCAUGAUCCCCGACACCACCUCCUCCCACACAAUCGGACUCAUGCGUCUGCAAUUCUGGCGCGACGCCAUCGCCAAGACCCUCUCCGGCUCCCCGCCCAAAGAACCCAUCGCUAUUCUCCUCGCCUCCGCCAUCUUCGACCUGAGUGCACGAACCCAAGGCCGCGCCCGGAUCAGCAAAGCCUGGUUGAACCGGAUGAUCAACGCGCGCGAACAAACCCUCACCAACGAUCCCUAUACCAAUAUCGCGGCCCUCGAGUCCUACGCUGAAAGUACCUACUCGACGCUGCUAUAUCUGACUCUGUCGGCGUUACCCAUGACCUCCGUCACGGCAGACCAUGUCGCAUCGCAUAUUGGAAAAGCAGCGGGGAUUGCAGCCGUGCUGCGCGGACUACCGCUCGUGGCGUUUCCGGCUGCGUCGAGUAGUCAGCGUCCGGACCAGGCUGGUUCUGGUAUGAUGGCUGGGGGCGCGAAGCAGGGGGCGGUGAUGUUACCGUUGGAUGUGAUGGCGCAGACGGGGGUGAAGGAGGAGGAUGUGUUUCGGUUAGGUGCGGAGGCGCCGGGGUUGCGGGAUGCGGUGUUCACGGUGGCGACUCGGGCGAGUGAUCAUCUCAUUACGGUGCAGCAGAUGCUGAGCAAUCUGCGGGCGGGGCAGGAUGUGGGUCAUGAGUUUGAGCAUGAGGGUGAGGAGGGACAUCAGUAUGGUGCGGAGCAGGAUCUGUUUAAGGAGCAUCGUAAUGAGACUCCCUUGGAGGAGGUGAAUCGUGCCUUUGGGGUUUUCAUGCCUGCCGUUGGGACACGGCUGUGGCUGGAUAGGCUGGAGAGUGUGGACUUUGAUAUCUUCAGACCGGAACUUCUCCGGUCGGAUUGGAAGCUGCCCUGGAAGGCUUAUAUGUCUUUUACGCGGAAGACGCUCUCGUGAGUGGGCUCGUUGUGGCCUGUUCAAAAUGUACGAUUAUUGUAUUAUAUAAUAGAGGUACAAUGGUGUGGUAAUGUAC